UACACAAAGAGAUAGAGAUCCAUAAAUAUAGAGAUGUGUGUGCAAUACUUCAUUUACAUGUAUGUGUUCCGAGUUCAUCAUCUGGGAAUUGGCAUGAUGAGACGGUGGAUCUUAGGCUUAGCUAUUGUAUGCGUCUGCAUUUUCUGGAGAAGCUUUGGGAUUAAUGGUGAUGAAUAUGAGCCUCAAACACAGACAGGUGGUGCUGAUCCAGCUCAAAUUGUCGCCAGAGCAUUGCUCUGUUUCAACGAUAAAUAUUUUCAGAUAUACAAGAGCUGCGAAGAAUCAUGGAGAUUGAACGAAGCUGGCAACCUGAAGGUGCCAAAAGAUAAAACUGAAGAAUUCUGUGAAGGCCCAUGUCUUUCGGAGACAUACCUGGUCCUUUCAUGCAUCGACGACAUUUUCAUCAACUUCGUCUUUUACAACAGAGCAACCAUUCAGGACAUUAAGGAUACUGUUCAGGCUGGUUGUGGCUAUGGUCCCCAAAGAGGAAAUUUUGAUGUAGAGAAACAAAUCCAGGCUGAAGAAAACAGAGCAGAGAAGGCUUCCAGCCAUGUUCUGUUAUUGGGGCUUGCCUUCCUCAUCAUGGGACGUGGCCUCUUCCUCUAAAUAUUAAUAUAUUUUCACACACACACACAGAGAGUAGUAUAGUACUAUAUUAUAAUUUUCUUCAAUUUUAUAAGUAAUAUAACUUAUAUAUGCUUCUUGUAUAAGUUACUUGUAUUACAUCGUUACCAAUAUAAAUAAAUAAUAAUAAUAAUAAUAAAAAUGGAAAUUCA